AUGGCUGUUCUUAUAAUCAUUGAUGAACAACAUGUUGGUGAGAUCAAACAAGGAUUGGUUGUAAUACAUGAUGGAAGAAAUCGUGUUAUUACAGCCAGGUUGAAACUCACAGAGGGGUUACUGUCAGUUCAGAAGGAAGAAAUUGUAUGUACGUCAGCUAAUAGCCAAGAGAACAAAAUACUUAAUCAGGUCAGACUUGUUACAAUCGUCAAAGAAGCUGAUGAAGGACUCGGUUUAAGUGUAAAAGGUGGUGCUGAACACAAAUUACCAGUUCUUAUCUCCCGUAUUGUGAAAGGCCUUGCUGCUGAUCGAUCUGGUCAACUAUUCGUUGGGGAUGCCAUUUUAAAGGUUAAUAGUGUUAGUGUUGAAAUAGCAACUCAUGAUGAAGUGGUCCAAGCCCUAAAGAACGCCGGGGAGAAGUUAACGCUGACCGUGAAACAUUUCAAGCAAGCAUCAUAUUUUCUCAACAGGGGCCAAAUGCAAGAACAAUCAACGCCAAGCAAACGCAACACAUCAGGUUGGUUACAACUCGAAAAGCAAUGGGUUAACAUGACAUCCAUUCCACUCCUUUAUGCUUACAUAACACGAUAUAUGGCAGGAACUGACAAACUUCGACCUAAUGCAUUUGAGGUUGUUGGAGUCGAUGGUGUAACUUCUGGUGUGGUAGUAUGUGAAGACACAAGAGCCUUAGCAGAAUGGAUUCAAUGCAUAUCUGAAGGAAUUAAUCACCAAUUUCGAAAUUUAAUUUCCAAAUGGAACAAAAUGUUAAUUCCAGAGGAACAGAUAUUCCAUGUUUGUUGGUGUUUUGAAAAAGUUCAGGUCAACCGACAAUGCCAAGCUUGGAGAGCAAAAUUUCUUGCAUUAAAAGGAAGUGAAAUAUUCUUGUUUGAUACUCCUCCUGCUGAUCUGCGAGACUGGAAUCAAUGUGAACGUGUGUCAAAGGUUUAUGAAUCAAUGUUCAAGAUUCUCAAGGACACAGAGUUAACUGAUGACCGCCAACAUUGCUUUAUCAUCCAGACUGGAAGUGGUAGUAGUAUUUAUCUUAGUUUGGAAAGUCGUUCUGAAGUGCUGCAAUUAGAAAAAGCUUGGUACCGGACCAAUCAUCAUGCUGUGACCCUACUAAAGAGUAAAACAUUUGGCUGUACUUGGAGAAGUUGUCUAUCAGGAUUAACAUUAGAUAUCCAUGUUGGUUUUUCCCUAUAUGACAGUGAAACACGGAGUUACAUGUGGACAUACAGAUUCUCUCAGCUGAAAGGUUCCUCUGACGAUGGCAAGUCAAAGUUAAAACUAUUAUUCCAGAAUGAUUCUACUAAGUUGAUUGAAACAAGAGAAAUAGAAUGUACCAACUUGCAGACAUUGCUAUUUUGUAUACACGCUUUCCUCUCAGCUAAGUUAGCAUCGGUGGACCCUGGUUUCCUGCAUAAUUUCUGACAGUUUGAAAACAUUUUCGCUGUAAUCAACCAAUACAACCUUAUGUUCUGUCUUACUGUCUUGUUCCAAUGACUGGUGACAACUUUUUCAACUUUGAACCCAUUGAAACACCAUGUGCCACUUAGUGUCAUUCAAGAAGAAAGACUUAACUUGUUUCGUCCAUAGGGAAACCAAAGCUGUGUUUGUUAUUCACAAUCUGAACACAUCUCGUCAGUUGAUAAUAUCAGUCCUAGCUAAGGUUGCUAACUAACACCUAUUCCCCAUUUCUUCCUUGUUUUUUUUUGUUAUUAUUAUUAUUAUUAUUAUUAUUAUUAUCAUUAUUAUUAUUAUUAUUAUUACUAUUAUUAUUAUUUGUUUUACUUUCCAAAGCUUCUGUUUGAAGCUACAAGUUGCUGACCAAAAUACAAACAAAAAAAAAAGAAGAAAAGACUUUUAAUCUUUCCCAAAACAACAACAAAAACAAAAUUUGUUCCUGUAUAUUUUUGUAGAAAAUUUGUUAAAGAUUAUUUGGAGGUUAAAACAAACAAACAAAAAAAAGAAAACAGAAGAAAAAAAUGGAGCAUUUGAUUUGUUGAGACAUUCUAGCUAAAAUUGUUUUUUGUCUUUGAACAAUUACCAUUUGAUGUAAAAGUGUAAUUGAGACUGCAAAGGUUGUGUUUGAUGAAAUAUUCUAAACAAUUGUGUUGACUGUAAAUUGGUGUGAAGAACCAAUAUAUUUGGUAAUUAUACAUGUUACUUGGUGAAAUAUUAUAAACUAUUGUAACCCUAA